AUGCAGUCGAGCAUCGCGCGCUGCCUGCGGAUCGAGCCGCUGCCGAAAGGGAUGCGGGCAAAUGCGGUGGUGCAGCGCCAGGCGAAGCAGCAUGCUGAACGUGCGGCGCCCAAGCCGCGCGCGCCGUCGGUGCUGGAGCGCCUCGCGUCGGGCCCGGCACCACUGCCAACGAAUCUGCGCCUCGUGCCGUUUGUGCCGCGCAAGGAGCGGUACUGGAAGGUACACAAAGACCAGCGUGAUAUCUUAAUGAAGGAGCUCAAGGAGACGUAA